GCUCUAAAAGAAUCAGAUUCUACUGACAGAUAGUUCAGAAAGGUUUCCUGUUCUGGAUUUGAAGAAUCCAUUCUUUUGAGGAGUUUUGAUUUGCAAACAGAAUCGUUUUCAUCAGUAUCUUGAUCCAUCAGUUCUGCAGCAAUGCAUCACUUCAUUUCUGUGAUGAUUUCACUGCUAGUCAUUACUGGGCUGCAGGGGAGCGUCGAGUCCGUAAGAAGACGUAUGAAGCGAAGUUCUGACCGAUAUUACAGAUCGGAGCUGACCGUGCCGAAUGGAGGGGGCUGGGGGUCGUGGGGUCAGAGGGAAAUGUGUCCAGCUGGAACGUACGCCGCAGGAUUCAGUCUAAGGGUGGAAGAUCCUGUUGGUCGAGAGGAUGACACUGCACUCAACGGGAUUCGUCUUCACUGCAUUGAAUCUAAAGCUUUAUCAGACUUGUAUCGCAGCUACUCCACAGUUCAGUCAGAUGUAGGCAGCUGGGGUCGGUGGACAGAGAUCAAAUGGUGUCCUUCUGGAUUCUUGACUGCUUUUCAGCUGAGAGUUGAACGCUCUCAAGGAGAUGGUGACGAUACGGCCGCAAACAACAUCAUGUUCAGAUGCAGUCAAGGGACUUUACAGGGUGACUGCACAAACUGGGGCGAUUGGGGCACCUGGAGUCUAACAUGUGAAGGAAAAGGGAUUUGUGGUCUCAAGACACGGAUAGAAGUGCCUCAAGGACGAGGAGACGACACCUCUCUCAAUGAUGUGAUCAUGUACUGCUGUGACUAAGGUGUUUGAGGACGACAACAAGAACAGAAGAUCAGAUGCAUCAUAAUUGAUUGGCAUACUGUUAUGAGCUCACAUGAACAGUGUCAUACAACAGCUAAUCAAAAAUUAAAACUUGAGAUGUGAUGCUG